UCCUCUCUGGCGCAUUCGCUCACUCUUCAAUCGCUCUAUCUUUAAGUUUUUGCGCUCUUCUCUUCAUUCAUCAUGGUCACAUAUUGCCGCGAUAGGUGGGGGAACAUCUAUCGAUGUCGGUCGUCUUGGCAUAACUGGGGUCGUUGGGUGUUACUGGCCAUCAUCAUUGCAGUAGCACUUAUAGCCUUCUUCUUUUACGCAUGUCUCUCAGCUCGUAAACGCCGUCGCCACGGCCAACGACCCAUCUAUGGCACAGGCUGGAUCCCAGGCACGCAACCUCCGCCAGGCCAAUGGCAGCAACAGCAAUAUCCACCUCACCCACCACCGGCGCCACCGGGAUACCAACCGUCCGCCGAGCAUGGAUAUGGACAGAACUACGGUCCAAACCAGGGGUACUUCGGCCAGCAGCAGUACGGAUCUGAGCUACAGCAACCACCGAACGCAUAUGCGCGAGACGGCGUAUAUUCACCCCCCAUGGGACCACCGCCGGGUCAUCCGAAGUAGAGGCUACCGGUAGAGAUGCUGCCGGACGACAAAUAUAGACAUAAUACGUGCUUACGAACGGGUUUGACGAAGUGUCAUUGGGUUUAGUUUGAUAAUCAAGUUAGGGUGGCUUCUAUUUGAGGGACUCGGCGUUUCUUUGAUAAUUUUCUUUUUCAUAAAGAAGAGACGUUUACCACAAUUCUGGCGUCUGGUUGGACUUAUGGGAUAUCAUAUACCUAUUCCUUGACAAAUUAAUGAAAUACUUCUCAUUCAUA